AUGGCUGUUGUCGAUCCGACCUACCCCCUGCUUCCAAUAGCAUACAUCCUGUCCGCCAUAAUGCUCUUCUUCGUGAUGCUGACGAGCACUAUCCGCAAAUCGUGGAACCUCGGUGUCUGCUUCCUGUGCUUCUGGCUCUUCUUCGAGACGCUCACCGCCGCCAUCAACGGCAUAGUGUGGAGGGACAACGGAGACAUCAAACUCUUGGUGUAUUGUGAUAUAGUCACUCGUCUUCAGGAGAUCUCAUUCGUUGUGAAGCCCAUGGCGACGCUGAUCAUCUCGCGUCGGCUUCAUCUCAUAGCCAAUCUGCAGUCUAUUGAGCUUCCCAGUCCAGCGGCGAGGCGUCGCGAUCUGGCCAUAGAAUGGACCCUUGGUCUAAUCGUGCCGUUGAUAGUGGCGGGCCCUCUCUACUACAUAAGCCAGGGUGCCCGCUUUCAAGUGCUGGAAGGAUUCGGCUGCAGCAAUAUCGAGAUUGGCUCCAUCCUCGAGCUCGUGUCCAUCCAGAUAUGGACAAUCGUUCCGCCACUGAUAUCUGUCACCGUGUACUAUCCGAGGGUCGCGCGAAUCUUUUACAAGCAAAGCAAAGAAUUCAACCGAUUCCUACGGACCAACGGCUCCGUAUCACGCACCAACUACCUCCGGAUCCUCAUUCUCGCCAGCAUAGACAUCCUGCUCACCCUUCCCUUCGGCCUCGCCAUCUUCAUCUUGGACAUACAGUCGGACGUGGCGGGAGGAGACGUGCCGUUCUAUCCGGGAUGGAGCGCCGUGCAUGGUGACUGGGCGCCCGUGAGCGUCCCGUAUGCGGAGAUCCAAGCGCGCGGGAAGACGGCGCUUACGUUUUCUUUCUGGACGUCUCCGGUCCUCUCUUUCGUCAUCUUUGGCCUCUUCGGUGUUACGACUGAAGCUCGCGCAUCAUACCGGCGUGUCUUGUACACUGUUCUCGGGUGGUGCGGGUAUAAGUCAGCUCGGCAUGUGGGACCCAACUCGACGCUCGGCACGAUAGAGUUCGGGCCGCGCCCGCAGGAAACAUCGCUUGGAGGCUGCGAUACAAGCUUUCACUCUAGUAUUGGUCUGAGCCAUCAAGCCUCCACGAUUCGUGAUGUAUCGGAGACCCGCACUGCUUCGGGCCAAGAAGACGGGCAGGAAAAGGAUAUCGUCGUCAAACAUCCGGAGGUCCAUGCUAACAUCGACGCCUAG